GCGAGGAGCCGCAUCAGUCAGGUAAGCAGCUCUGCUUCCUGCCGCAACGGCCCGCGGCCGGAGUAGAGCGGCCCUGCGCCCCGAAGCCGGCUUCCUGCGCCCGAACGGGGUGAAGCGGCGCUGGGGUGGAGGGCUCGGCGGCCCGGGCGGGAGGCGCAAACUCAUGAAAUGGCCACAGAUGAUAAGACUUCCCCAACAUUGGACUCUGCCAAUGACCUGCCUCGCUCUCCAACUAGUCCUUCGCAUCUCACACACUUUAAACCUUUGACUCCUGAUCAGGACGAACCUCCUUUUAAAUCAGCGUAUAGUUCUUUUGUAAAUCUCUUUCGAUUUAACAAAGAGAGAGCCGAAGGGGGCCAGGGUGAGCAGCAGCCUCUGAGUGGAAGCUGGACCAGCCCUCAGCUCCCUUCAAGAGCACAGUCUGUGAGGUCACCUACACCUUAUAAAAAACAGCUUCAUGAGCAACUCCAGCGGCGAUCUUCAACAGUAUUAGCAGAGAACAGUUUGCCACAUCCCCAGGAGAACACAGAAACAAGAAGGAAAGCAGAACCUACCUUUGGAGGUCAUGACCCUCGUACAGCCGUUCAGCUUCGAAGCCUCAGCACAGUAUUAAAACGCCUCAAGGAAAUCAUGGAGGGGAAAAGCCAGGAUAGUGACCUGAAGCAAUACUGGAUGCCAGAUAGCCAAUGUAAGGAGUGCUAUGACUGCAGUGAGAAGUUUACAACCUUUAGGCGCAGACACCAUUGCCGACUGUGUGGGCAGAUAUUCUGCAGUCGUUGCUGUAAUCAAGAAAUCCCGGGAAAAUUUAUGGGCUAUACAGGGGACCUCCGAGCUUGCACUUACUGUAGAAAAAUAGCCUUAAGUUAUGCGCACUCCACGGACAGUAAUUCCAUUGGGGAAGACUUGAGUGCUCUUUCAGAUUCUGCCUCCUCAUUGUCUGUGCUUGAUCCUGGUGAGCCCCGAACACCUGUUGGGAGUAGAAAAGCCAGUCGCAACAUAUUUUUAGAGGAUGACUUUGCCUGGCAAAGUUUGAUUCAUCCAGAGUCCUCAAAUACUUCUCUUUCAACAAGACUUGUAUCUGUGCAAGAGGAUGCUGGGAAAUCUCCUGCUCGAAAUAGAUCAGCCAGCAUUACUAACCUGUCACUGGAUCGAUCUGGUUCUCCCAUGGUGCCUUCAUAUGAGACAUCUGUCAGUCCCCAGGCUAACCGAACAUAUGUGAGGACAGAAACCAAUGAGGAUGAACGCAAAAUUCUUCUGGACAGCGUUCAGUUGAAGGACCUGUGGAAAAAGAUAUGCCAUCACAGCAGCGGAAUGGAGUUUCAGGAUCACCGGUACUGGCUGCGAACACAUCCGAACUGCAUCGUGGGGAAGGAACUAGUCAACUGGCUAAUCCGAAAUGGACACAUCACUACAAGGGCACAAGCUAUAGCGAUUGGUCAAGCCAUGGUGGAUGGACGCUGGCUGGACUGUGUCAGUCACCACGAUCAGAUCUUCAGGGACGAGUAUGCGCUGUACAGACCACUGCAGAGCACGGAAUUUUCCGAGACCCCUUCUCCGGACAGUGACUCAGUGAACUCAGUAGAAGGACACUCUGAGCCAUCCUGGUUUAAGGACAUAAAGUUUGAUGACAGCGACACAGAACAGAUAGCUGAAGAAGGUGACGAUAAUUUAACUAAUUCUGCCAGUCCUAGCAAGCGCACCUCAGUCAGCAGUUUCCAGUCCACAGUGGACAGUGACUCAGCCGCUUCUAUCAGCCUGAACGUGGAGCUGGACAACGUGAACUUCCAUAUCAAGAAGCCCUCCAAGUACCCACAUGUGCCCCCUCACCCUGCUGACCAAAAAGAGUGUCUGAUUUCUGACGGUGGAGGACAACAGCUCUCAAUAAGUGACGCCUUCAUCAAAGAGUCCUUAUUUAAUCGCCGAGUGGAGGAAAAAUCCAAAGAGCUGCCUUUCACGCCUUUGGGCUGGCACCAUAACAACCUGGAGCUACUGAGGGAGGAGAAUGGAGAGAAACAAGCCAUGGAGAGGUUGCUUUCAGCUAAUCAUAACCACAUGAUGGCACUACUCCAACAGCUGCUCCAUAGUGAGUCAUUGUCACCAUCUUGGAGGGACAUCAUUGUAUCGCUGGUCUGCCAGGUUGUUCAGACAGUCAGACCUGAUGUGAAGAACCGUGAUGAUGACAUGGAUAUCCGUCAGUUUGUCCACAUCAAAAAAAUCCCAGGUGGAAAGAAGUUUGAUUCUGUGGUUGUUAAUGGAUUUGUUUGUACCAAGAAUAUUGCACAUAAAAAGAUGAAUUCUUGUAUUAAAAAUCCCAAAAUUCUUCUAUUGAAGUGUUCCAUUGAGUAUCUCUACAGAGAAGAAACUAAGUUUACCUGCAUUGACCCUAUUGUGCUGCAGGAAAGGGAAUUCUUGAAGAAUUAUGUUCAGCGAAUUGUUGAUGUUCGGCCCACCCUGGUUCUAGUAGAGAAGACGGUAUCUCGGAUUGCCCAGGACAUGUUAUUGGAACAUGGCAUUACUUUGGUCAUUAAUGUAAAAUCACAAGUUUUAGAACGUAUCAGUCGGAUGACCCAAGGUGAUUUAGUGAUGUCGAUGGACCAGCUGCUUACAAAACCUCACCUGGGCACCUGUCACAAAUUUUAUAUGCAAAUAUUUCAGUUGCCUAAUGAACAAACCAAAACACUGAUGUUUUUUGAAGGCUGUGCACAGCACCUGGGCUGCACAAUCAAGCUUAGAGGAGGCUCUGAUUAUGAGUUGGCUCGAGUUAAGGAGAUCCUAAUAUUUAUGAUCUGUGUAGCUUACCAUUCUCAACUCGAAAUCUCCUUCCUCAUGGAUGAAUUUGCUAUGCCUCCUACGUUGACACAAAACGCUUCCUUUCAUUCUCUGAUUGAGGGACAAGAGGAUGAAGGGGCGGCACAAGAGCCAUUCAGCGGAAGUCCCCUCCCCCGGGAGCCCGACUUGCCAUCAGAGUUUCUGCCCUGUGAUGGUAGCAGUCUGCUAGAGCCCGGGCUUGUGUUUGAGAAGGGUGACCAGGAAAGCGACAGCGUCCCACAGGACGUUGCCCCCAUGAAGCACCAGGAGUACGCCACGGCAGCUUGCCCGGCAGGCGUCCCCUGUGCGCUCUUUCCAUCCGUACCUGAAUCCCUGUUGCUGCUCCAUGUGGACGAGCAGCAGGCUGCCCCAGGCACUGAGCAGCCAGAGACUUUGCAGCAAACAGAUGAGCUAGAGGAUCCCAAAAGCCAGAUGAAAGCCUUCAGAGACCCGCUGCAGGAUGACACCGGAGUCUAUGUUACAGAGGAAGUCACCUCUUCAGAAGAUAAACUAAAGACCUAUUCUUUGGCCUUUAAACAGGAAUUGAAAGAUGUGAUCCUCUGUAUCUCCCCAGUCAUCACAUUCCGGGAGCCCUUCCUUCUCACUGAGAAGGGGAUGAGAUGCUCUGCCCGAGAUUAUUUUGCCGAGCAGGUUUACUGGUCUCCUCUUCUCAAUAAAGAGCUCAAAGAAAUGGAGAGCAGGCGGAAGAAGCAGCUGCUCAGGGACCUCUCCGGCCUCCAGGGGAUGAACGGCAGCGUUCAGGCCAAGUCCAUUCAGGUCUUGCCCUCACAUGAGCUCGUGAGCACUAGGAUCGCCGAGCAUCUGGGUGGCAGCCAGAGUCUGGGCAGAAUGCUGGCCGACUAUCGGGCCAGAGGAGGCAGGAUUCAGAAAAGUUCAGACCCUUUUGCUUAUUCAAAAGAUGCAUCAGGUACUCCAAGUGUCAAAUCAGGAAGCAGAACUGAGGGUGAUGAAGAGAAAGGCUUGAUUCCAAGUGACGCAGUGUGGUCAUCAAAGGUGGACUGCCUGAACCCCGUCAACCACCAGAGGCUGUGCGUGCUCUUCAGUAGCUCCUCCGCCCAGUCCAGCAACGCCCCCAGUGCCUGCGUCAGUCCUUGGAUUGUAACAAUGGAGUUUUAUGGAAAGAAUGAUCUUACAUUAGGAAUAUUUUUAGAGAGAUACUGUUUCAGGCCUUCUUACCAGUGUCCUAGCAUGUUCUGUGAUACCCCCAUGGUGCAUCAUGUCCGGCGCUUUGUCCAUGGCCAAGGCUGUGUGCAGAUCAUCCUGAAGGAGCUGGAUUCUCCAGUACCUGGAUAUCAACAUACAAUUCUCACCUAUUCCUGGUGCAGGAUCUGCAAACAGGUAACACCAGUUGUUGCUCUUUCCAAUGAGUCCUGGUCCAUGUCAUUUGCAAAAUACCUUGAGCUUAGGUUUUAUGGGCACCAGUACACUCGUAGAGCCAAUGCUGAGCCAUGCGGUCACUCCAUCCACCAUGAUUAUCACCAGUAUUUCUCCUAUAACCAGAUGGUGGCAUCUUUCAGUUAUUCUCCCAUUAGGCUUCUUGAAGUAUGUGUUCCACUCCCCAAAGUAUUCAUUAAACGCCAGGCCCCAUUAAAAGUGUCCCUUCUUCAGGAUUUAAAGGACUUUUUUCAAAAAGUUUCACAGGUAUAUCUUGCCAUCGAUGAAAGACUGGCAUCUUUGAAAACUGACACAUUUAGCAAAACAAGAGAGGAGAAAAUGGAAGAUAUCUUUGCACAGAAGGAGAUGGAGGAAGGCGAGUUCAAGAACUGGAUCGAGAAGGUGCAGGCGAGGCUCAUGUCUUCCUCUGUGGAUGCCCCUCAGCAGCUGCAGUCGGUCUUCGAGUCCCUCAUUGCCAAGAAGCAGAGCCUCUGUGAGGUGCUCCAGGCCUGGAAUAGCAGGUUGCAAGACCUUUUCCAGCAGGAAAAGGGUAGAAAGCGGCCUUCAGUUCCUCCAAGUCCUGGAAGACUGAGACAGGGGGAAGAAAGCAAGAUAAGCACGGUGGAUGCACCUCCACGGAAUGUUUCUCCAGGGCUUCCGAAUGGAGAAAAAGAGGACCGCUUCCUAAGCACCCUGUCCAGUCAGAGCUCCACCAGCUCUGUCCACCUGCAGCUGCCUACUCCCCCCGAAGCGAUGCCUGAGCCGGCGGGGGGAGGGCUGCCGGAACUGGACUCAGCCAGCGUUUCCGAAGACGUGUUUGAUGGACAUUUGCUGGGAUCCACAGACAGCCAGGUGAAGGAAAAAUCAACCAUGAAGGCCAUCUUUGCAAAUUUGCUUCCAGGAAACAGCUAUAACCCCAUUCCGUUUCCUUUCGAUCCAGAUAAACACUACUUAAUGUAUGAACACGAACGGGUGCCCAUUGCGGUCUGUGAGAAGGAGCCCAGCUCCAUCAUUGCUUUUGCUCUCAGUUGUAAAGAAUACCGGAACGCCUUAGAGGAGUUGUCCAAAGUGAGCCCGCGGAACAGUGCCGAAGAAGGGCCUCCCACCACCAGUACUUUAGACAGCAGACCAAAGAGCAACAGCCCCAUUAGAUUACCCGAGAGCAGUGGAGGACAGACAAACCGCACAGCAGAAGCAGAACCACAGCCAACCAAAAAGGCUUCUGGAAUGUUGUCCUUCUUCCGAGGGACGGCAGGGAAAAGCCCUGAUCUCUCCUCCCAGAAGAGAGAGACCUUACGUGGGGCAGAUAGCGCUUACUACCAGGUCGGGCAGACGGGCAAGGAGGGGACAGAGAAUCAAGGCAUCGAGCUUCCAGAUGAAGUUGAUGGAGGAGAUACACCAAAGAAACAACUCACGAAUCCUCAUGUGGAGCUCCAAUUUUCCGAUGCUAAUGCCAAGUUUUAUUGUCGGCUCUACUAUGCGGCAGAAUUUCAUAAGAUGCGGGAAGUGAUUUUGGGCAGCAGUGAAGAAGAUUUCAUUCGAUCCCUUUCGCACUCGUCACCCUGGCAGGCCCGUGGAGGCAAAUCGGGGGCUGCCUUCUAUGCGACUGAAGAUGAUAGAUUCAUUUUGAAGCAAAUGCCUCGUCUGGAAGUGCAGUCUUUCCUCGACUUCGCACCACACUAUUUCAGUUACAUUACAAACGCUGUUCAACAAAAGAGGCCCACUGCAUUAGCCAAAAUUCUUGGAGUUUACAGAAUUGGUUAUAAGAAUUCUCAGAACAACACUGAGAAGAAGUUAGAUCUCCUUGUCAUGGAAAAUCUUUUCUAUGGGAGAAAGAUGGCACAGGUGUUUGACUUAAAGGGCUCACUUAGGAAUAGAAAUGUGAAAACUGACACGGGGAAGGAGAGUUGUGAUGUAGUGCUGCUGGAUGAGAACCUCCUGAAGAUGGUCCGAGACAACCCUCUGUACAUCCGCUCUCAUUCCAAAGCGGUGCUGAGAGCCUCGAUCCGCAGCGACUCCCACUUCCUUUCUAGCCACCUCAUUAUAGAUUAUUCUUUGCUGGUUGGACGAGAUGACACCAGCAAUGAGCUGGUUGUUGGGAUUAUAGAUUAUAUUCGGACAUUUACAUGGGACAAAAAGCUUGAGAUGGUUGUGAAAUCAACAGGAAUUUUAGGAGGACAAGGUAAAAUGCCAACUGUGGUCUCUCCAGAGCUGUACAGGACUAGAUUUUGUGAAGCAAUGGACAAGUAUUUCCUGAUGGUCCCGGACCACUGGACAGGUUUAGGUCUGAACUGCUGAAAUGAAACACUUAUUUUGAAGUGGACCGUGAAGGACAGGGGGCUGGAGCAACAGACCACCAAUAAGCUACAUUUGACUUCUUUGUCACAUUCACCACUAUUUGCCAAGGCCUUUCAGUUCUGCGUCUGUGUGGGCCAUCUGUAACUGAGGGUUAAAAUUCCGUGGAUUUUGGUUUUCGAUGUCUACAAAUUGGCUCUCCCUGGACUGAAAAGUGGCAUGGGUUUCUUUUGCACUUAAGCAAAAGUAUAGACACAUUUCAAAGGGCUAAGGACAAAUACAUGAUUAGAGAUGAGGAGCUAGGGUGAAAAGUAGGUUGUCAAAUUUGCUAACAGUCCUGCUGAGAAAACAAUGUCUCAUAGACGGUGACUCUCUGGGCAUCACAUUUGAUAUAUUCUUCGCUUAACAAGCAUUUGUAGAGCUGGUGAGAUUUUUUUGGCAGGGGAGGGGGGUUGGUUCUUAUGUAAUAAUUUAAUGUUGCCUAGUAUCAGGAUUUUUGAGACUUAAAAAAAAAAUUGUGAAUUCUGUGAAUGGCCAGUUAAACAGAUGGACACAGCCUCUUCUUGUUUUACAGAGGAAUGUGACUUAAAUCAGGAAUUCUGCCCUGCCCUGUAUCUUUCCAGUACGUUUGAUGUUUCUCAGGUUCUGUCUUUACUUCUCUGUGGAUGGCAAGAGGCUGCUGCUAUUAACUUUAAGCCUUUUUUUCUGGAGCUGUUUUUCAAGUUUGUUUACAGCUUUUGUGCAGUUAAUAUGUUAAACAGCACUUACUUGCACAUGCUUUUAUUCUAGGUUUUUCCUCUUAACUUUCAAGGACAGCAUUAGUAAAUGAGUCUAUAAUGACUAAGUCCCCAAAGGGCGAAUGGUUAAUGAAGGAGUUUUUUAAAUGUAAAAAAUAAUUUAGGCCCAAUCCAAGAAAUUGGGUGAAAGGGAAGCACUUGUUCAUUUUUUUUGUAGAGGUAAAGUGUCUAUUUCAAUAUAACCAGCAAUUUAAGUGACAUCUAUCUAAGAAAUAUCCCGGGUGGCCCUAGCUGGUUUUGCUCCGUGGAUAGAGCAUUGGCCUGUGAACUGAAGGGUCCCUGGUUCGAUUCCGGUCAAGGGCACAUUCCCGAGUUGAGGGCUCCAUCCCUAGGUGGGGGUGUGCAGGACCCCUCUGAAAUCAAUAAAGAUACAUUAAAAAAAAAAAAAAAAGGUUGUUUAAAAAGUGAUCCGGAGUACUAAACAUAAUAACAACGUAACCUGAAUAUUUCCUCUUGGCUUCUUUGCAUAAAAAGGAUAAUUUGGGGGAUUUAUAAAGUUGUGAGUGUUCUACUCUUUUCAGGCUUCCUAUAAUAGCACAUUUCUCUUGUAACUUUCACAUAGGAAGACAAAGAAAGCUGGACACAUUGCAGUUACAGAGACUAUAGACAGGAAAUGGGAACAUUUUGUAAAAGUCGCUUUAGAGAAUGAAAGCGUUAGUUUGGUGUAUGGUGCUUAUUAAAAACAUGGUUUAUUUUGAACUAGAAACAAGUUGACCAAGGACUUAGGACUGAUCUGAUGAUAAGCAUUUAAAACAACAACACGCGGUGUGCCUUGCCUUUUGAAAACGUACAAACACUGGUGAUGUUAGUUUCCAUAUCAAAGACUAGUACAGUAGGUACAGGAGUGGCACCUCGGAACAUCAGCUUGCCUGUCCAGGAGCAAUUACAUCCCGUUGGGAAUGCGAUCACUGUUUUGACUUCUCUGUUAGUUUUUUCUCUCAGGAUGCUGUGGGUUAUUUGUCCUGUCCAUUUCCUGCACCCCCAGUCAUGAACACCUGUGAUGAUGGUGUUUCUUUGUUUUGGUCUCAGUACCACAUGUGUACCUUGGAUCCGCCACUGGAACAGCUCCUGACAAUAAUUAUGUGUCUUGCUGAUUAUAUUUUUCCUUGUCCACGACUUUAAGAACUAUUUUUUAAAAAUACUGCUGCCUCUUAGCUAAUUUUUUGGCUAAAAAAGUUCCAAUAUAAUCUGAAGCAAUACUUGCUAUCCUUUUAAAACUGUCUUAAUGAAGGGGAAAUAUAAACUUUAAUUUGUUGCUGCUCCUGUGUAGGCCACCCAAUAUUUAAGGUGUUUGAACUAUUGUGCUGCUCAGUGCUAACCACUGGUUGACUUUACCUUCCUUGAAUUCUCUUUCAAGGCCUCGAGAAUAUUAAUGCUGAAAAGUUAAGAAUAUGGAAGAAAUCUUAAUAUUUUCUUCCUUAGAAUUAAAUAUGAAUCCUGGAAAUAAUUGAUAGUAGCACAAGAAAACUAAACAUGUUGCAUUAUAUAAAAAUCUUCUUUAUAAAUUUGAAGCCUUUUGAUGCCAUCAAAACUAUAUUAAAAAUGAAAAAGUAUUUACUUUUUUCUUACCCAAAUCUAAGAAAAAUGAGAGGGAUAAGCUGUUUCAAGUCCUUUUACAGUUUAUUGAAUAUUUUAAAUUUUUAGAUACUAAAAAUUUCCUGUAAAAUGUCCUACUUAUAAUUUUUUUCCUUGAUCCAGCAGAGUGUGGCUUUCUAACUUUAGCUGUUAUUGGAUAGUGUAAAUAAUAGGGUUGUGUUGGUUUUUGUGGCAUCCGUUUCUCUUUGGCAUUUUACCCACUAGCAGUGGGCUUGUUAUAACUGCCACAGAAAGGAGUCUAUCUGUAGAAAGUCUGCUUAGUUAAUAGAGUGGAAGUAUUGUGAAUGAGCCUGUCAGUGAAAGAGAUCGGCCAUUCAUUACUCCUCAAGUGUUAACAUACUGACUUACGCAGUAUUCAAAGCAUCUAGUGCAAUGCCUUUUUUUUUGUUGUUUUUGUAACACGGGUGCAGUGUAUUAUAGAAAAAUUAAAAUUACAAUCAUGAGCAUUUUUAUUAAUGCUUCUGUGCUGGUUUUAUAAAAAUGUACAUUCUGUCUUUGGACAGGUUUAAUUUUAACUAGAGAAAUGAUAUUGUAAAUCAUAAUAGCCUCUUUUAACUUCGUAUGAAAAUUCAAUGAACAAUACUGAAAAUAUCUAAUGUAUUAUAUUGUAUAUAUUUCUCUACUUUGGUUCCAGUUGUUUUAUAUGAUUGACAUGUUAUUUAAGAGAUAAAACUGCCUUGACCUUUUAAAGACUUAUUCUGUAAAUAAAAAAGACUCACAAUAAACUGAGAAUCGACUU